GUUUAGGAAUUAAAUCCAGAACAUAGGCUAAAAUGAGGCACGUUUUCCUGUUAUUAUGGAUUUGCAUUUUGGCCUCGACAAAAAGGACGGAAGGGAGAAGUUUGAUGGCCCACUUAAUGCGACAAGCCGGGAAUUUGAAACAUGGAUUAGAAUUGGCAGCGAGAGUCGGUGAUAUCGGUUCCCACAAAAAUGAUGUUGCAUUCACUGCAGUGACAUCAAGCGGCACAACCUACAGUAGUAGCCGAACUAUAGCCUUCAACAGAUUGCUUUUAAAUCAUGGAAACGCUUAUAGUACCAGUAAUUACCGCUUCACUGCCCCGUCUGAGGGUCUGUAUGUGUUUUCCUGGUCACUUGCCCUAUUAAAGGGAAGCAGAUAUAAUGGCAACGUACAUUUGAUAAGAAAUGGAAGUGCCUACCAAAGUACUAACUGUGCCAAUACCUACCAACAGUGUGGGAGUACCGUGGCAAUGUGGCUAGGAAAGAAUAACCAGGUCUGGAUUCAAACAAGAAGCAGCAACGUCUACGUCUACGGUACAUACUCCUCUUUCUCUGGUUGGAAAACCCACUGGUGAAAAGUAUAUCAAGCAGAGUGUAAAUAAAUACGUUAAAAACAUUAA